AAUAAAUAAAACACUCUUGCAUUUUGCAAAUUCGGAAAAAAAAUUCCACCAAAUUUGUCGCAACGUUUAACUGGAAUAGCGGUCAAGGUUUUAUGCUUAAGUAGUAGAACCUGACUUAUCGACUUCCGCGCGUGGUUUAUUUCUGGCUUGCAAGUUUGGCUCGUUCGAAACGUGGACAUCAACAGCACGCCAGAUAUUGUUGCGAAUUCAUAGGUAACGGUACGAGAAUUGCGUGAAUGUCGACAACCGGCUUGCGCGAGUGACGUCUGAGCCAGAUUCUAUACGUGCAAGACAUACGUAUGAAUGGAAGAAAUCAGAGAUAUUUCGAUACCGUGAUAUCUUCAUUAGUAAACAUUAGUGACAGCGAGUUGUGCUUCGCGUGAAAGCCUCGUCAUUACUGUCAUCGGUUAACCGCACUGAUCGUAAAAAUACUACCACAAGUGGUACUAUAGACAUUAAAAAUCACUUAGUGGAGGGAUACUUCAUCUUUACAAUUAUUGACAAUUACAAAUUAUCAGCAUUUAUAGUUAAUUUGCAAUAAUUUAGUGGUUUGUGACACUUAUAUAUCGAUAAUUCUUCCUCGCAACGUUAUUUCUUCUAAAACGCGGGACCUCAAGUGUAAUAAAAUUCGACAUAAAUUAAAAAUUGAAUAUAUGAAAAACGCAUAAAUAGUGCAACGAAAGAUUAAAAACUUUAUUGAGUUCGUUUUUUUCUUACCUUUCUUCAACUUGGAUCGUCAAGUGUAAACCUAGCGUAUCAAAUCUUGACAUCUCACAGAACGAUGAAGAACGGCGUGAAGAACCCCAUAGACACCGCAGAUCCGAAUGAAAGCGUCACGUUAAGGCCAAAGUUGGAGACCUUUGACGACAUCUUGCCAUACGUUGGUGACUUUGGCAGAUAUCAAUGGCUGCUUCUAUUGGCCUUGCUUCCCUACAGCGUGGCAUAUGCCACCCUGUACUUCUCGCAGUUCUUCCUUACCCUGGUGCCGCAGGAACAUUGGUGCAAGAUAGAGGAACUAAUGUCUUCAAAUCUUACGCAGAAUGAAAGAAUGGAGAUUGGCGUACCAAAAUCGCAGAAUUAUCCGUACUAUGACCAAUGCCAUCGAAGGGAUUUGGAUUUCUUUGCUCUUCUAAAUCAUAGGAAAGACAUUCGCUCGAUCGAAUGGAAGGCAAACAAAACCGUGGAUUGCAGCCAAUGGGAAUACAAUUUCACGCAGAUCCCUUAUGCUAGCAUAGCGGCUGAGCUAGAUUGGGUAUGUGACCAGGAGUACCUCAUAUCGACGGCACAGUCGAUCUUCUUCUGUGGUUCCAUCGUCGGUGGCUUGCUCUUCGGAUGGGUCGCCGAUCACAGAGGCCGGAUCCCUGCCUUAAUGCUCUGCAAUGGCAUCGGACUUCUGGCUUCGAUCGCAACUGCGAGCGCGAAUACUUUCUGGUCCUUCGCUGUCUGUAGAUUUCUCACUGGUCUGGCUUUCGACAAUUGCAUCAACAUCCCACUGAUUAUCGUGCUCGAGUACAUGGCCGUGAAGAGGCGAACCCUUGUCGUUAAUAUUGCAUUCGGCAUAUACUUCGCCGUUGGAAGCACAGUUCUACCGUGGAUUGCGUACUAUGUCGCAAACUGGAGAUUCUUCGCUUAUAUUAGCGCAAUCCCGAUGAUGAGCGUCUUUAUCACGCCAUGGAUUCUUCCCGAAAGCGCUCGAUGGUUCGUCGCCAACGGCAGAAUAGAUAAAAUGGUUCAGAAGCUGCGGCGGAUAGCGAAGAUCAACAAGAAGUGCCCUGACACGCGCAUCUUUGAGGUCUUCGUCAGAAACUUGACCGCGACUGAUACCCAGAGGGAAAGCGCGACCAUCUUCGAUAUUCUGAAAUCACCGCGUCUAGCAAAGAAUACCAUUCUGCUAAUCUUCUUUUGGUCCUUGACGAUGAUAGCUUUCGACGGUCACGUAUACUCUCUCAAGCUGAUCCCGAGCUCGGUGUUUGUGUCCUUCUCCCUCACCUGCUCGACCGAACUGCCGGCCGGGCUGUUGCUGACGUUGCUAUUGGACCGCUGGGGUCGCCGAUUCUGCGGAUUUAUCACCCUGGCCAUGACUUGCCUUUUCAGCUUCGCCGAACUGCUGUUACAGUCGAUCGCAGCGAAGCUGACGAUGUCGGUGCUCUCGCGAUUUUGCCUGAAUAUGGCAGCCAACGUGGGCCUUCAAUACGCCGCCGAGCUGCUGCCAACUCCCAUUAGGACGCAAGGUGUUGCAUUGAUCCACAUUUUUGGCAUUAUUGCCCAUUCCAUUGCGCCAUAUGUGGUGGAUAGUGCCAAGAUUUGGUACGGCCUGCCGAUGAUGAUCAUCAGCAUCGUGUCAUUUGCAGCCGCUGCCCUAAUAUUGUUCCUACCGGAGACACUCGGUCGCGAUCUCCCGCAAACUCUACGUCAAGGAGAAGACUUCGGCAAGGAACAAAGCUUCUGGGCGCUACCCUGCUGCAAGCGACCACGUUCGAAUCGACAUCGAUAUUAUCAUUCAACCGAAUUAUAGUCUUUUUAAUUUUUAUUACAUAAGAUCUCGGCGCGUAAUCGUCGAGAAAAUAUAGUUAAAAGAAAAAAAGAAAGAAUCUUGCGCGUUGUGCGGUAUGUGAUA